GUGCGGCGCCUGACCACGCCCCUGUCAGUCCUUCAAAAUGAAGCCUAGUGCGCCAUGCGCCGGUCGAACAGGCUAAAGCUGCUUUCCAGGUGAGCAGCACAAGUUUGCAGUAGGACGUUGACCCCCUCCUCGCAGAACCAAUGAAGAAGAGAAGACAUGCCUUUCUUCCGAAUAGAUGGAGUCACUUGUUAUUUAUUUUGGUCCCAGGAUGUUUUAUAUUGUUUCUUUCUGGACUUGUACCUUUCAAGAAAAGAACUUUUCUUGGUGAACCUACCUGGAGUGCUUCUGAUUUUCCAGAAGCCCAGUUUCUGUGGGAACAUAACAAUGUGAACUGUACCUCCAUCUACCAUCUUGAUCCUGUGGAGAUUGGCAAGUCCUUGGAAAUACAAAAGAGAAAUAAUAUUCAUUCAGAAGAUAGCAAUAUUCUGGCAUUAACCGCUAACUGCCAAAGAUAUUUGCAACUCAGGAAAUAUUCAGACAAGCCAGUGUCUGAGGAGGAAUAUCAGUUUCCACUGGCCUACUCUUUAGUGGUGCACAAGCAGGCCGAGAUGGUGGAAAGAAUCCUUCAUGCCAUCUACAUGCCUCAAAACAUCUACUGCAUACAUUAUGACAUGAAAUCUUCUCCAAAGUUCAUAAAUGCUGUCAGAAGCCUGGCCAAUUGCUUUCCUAAUGUUUUUAUCUCAUCCAAGCUGGAAACUGUCCACUACGCUCACAUGACCAGGCUCAAAGCUGAUCUAAAUUGCCUGUCAGAUCUUGUCCAUUCCCAAGUCAAGUGGAGAUAUGUCAUUAACUUGUGUGGUCAGGACUUUCCUCUGAAGUCCAACUUUGAGCUGGUGUCCGAGCUUAAGAAGCUCAAUGGCUCCAACAUGCUGGAAUCGUCCAGGCCAAGUGACUUAAAAAGGCAGCGUUUUGCUUUCCAUCAUGAGCUGCAAGAUGUGUCGUUUGAAUAUAGCAAGAUGCCCGUUAAGACAGAGCGGGUCAAAGAUCCUGCACCCCACAACAUUGAAAUGUUUAUUGGCAGUGCCUACUUUGUUCUCAGUCGGGGGUUUGUUGAACAUAUGCAAGGAAACCAGCUGGUGAAUGACUUUUUGGCAUGGUCUGAGGACACAUACUCUCCUGAUGAGCAUUUCUGGGCCACAUUAGUGCGUGUUCCUGGUGUGCCAGGGGAGAUCCCCAGGUCUGAUCCCGAUUUUACGGACUUAAUGAGUAAAACACGGCUUGUGAAAUGGAAUUACCUUGAGGGCAAUCUGUAUCCCCCCUGCACUGGCAGGCAUGUGCGCAGCGUUUGCAUCUAUGGAGCUGCAGAGCUCCGCUGGCUAAUUGGUUACGGCCACUGGUUUGCCAACAAGUUUGAUCCCACCAUGGACCCCAUACUGCUCAAAUGUUUAGAAGAGAAACUUGAACAAAAUCAGCGGGAACUGGUCAGACUAGCCAGCCGAUGACAAAGGAGGAAAGACCUUUCUGCCUUAAGGACUUCAGAAUAAGCCAUGAUUUUGCAGAAUGUUUGAUUUUGUGAAUUUCACAAAUUUAUUUAAAUUAUUUUGUAUUUUUUAAAAAAAGUUGUAUAUUUUUCUAUUUAUGGUUAUUCUUGAAUGUGAUGUGCCUUACAAAUUAUAUUUAUUGGCAUUGGUAAUGGCCUACUAAAGAAACUGAACGUUUA